GUUUAGAGAAUGACCCAGAUCUGGAACUACCUCCAAAGCAAGACACGUCAACCGCACAAAACCAGCCAUGUGAUAGCGACGAUCAAAUACACCACUUAUCGACUUAUCAGAUAAAGACUUAAAAAUCUACCAAUCAGUACCUCUGGCUCUGAAUAGAUUUAAAGAAAAUGGGAAGUUCGUCGUCGAAAUUUCGUAAACACUUACAACAUGGCGAUGAGUAUGCGGCAUUGCAAUUGUACAAUAACAACUCGGACCUUCGUAAGGCGCUGGAUCCUAAUCUGUCCUAUGGUGAAUCGUAUUGUCACGAUACGCCGCUUCACUUCGCGGCCAGACAUGCUAUGAAGUCGUUACUAAGGAUAUUUCUCUACGAACUUGGCGGUAACCCUAACAAGAAGAACACACGCAAUGAGACCUCCCUCCACUCCGUGUGCAUGGUGGCAAACACUCGUUCGUUCACGGUUCAACAGCGUCGACUUGAGUGCCUCACUUUGAUUCUGCAAUGGCGGGGAGCGACGCUGAAAGAGGGCGACGUGGAGAAGAUAGACAUCGGGGCUCAAGACGAGAAAAUGAACACGGCCCUCCAUUAUGCCGCUGCGUCUGGCUUGACGAGAUGUGUAGAGCUGCUCGUCGCGUACCAGGGACCCUUGUUUGUGGAGAACGCCCAGCGUCAGACGCCCUGUGACUGCGCCGAGAAAUGUACACAUAGCAACAUUGCACUUUACCUGGAAUCCAAGAUGGUGUUUAGUAAUGACAACAAUGGUGAACAGGAUGAAGAUAUAGAUGCUUUGAUUGAUGAAAUCAAUAAUCAAGAGGCAUACAGUGGGUUGCGGGCACAGGAUCUGCAGGAGGCCAAGGACCAGCUCCUUGUGGAGACCUCAGACAUGCUGAGGGUGCCGCUGUUCACAGCCGAGGCCUUACUGAGGAACUAUGAAUGGUCCCGAGAGCAACUCCUCGAGGCUUGGAUGGAAGAUGCCAUCGCGUGUUGUGAGAAGUGUGGUGUGACACCGCCCCCCAGUAUCUUCGUGGAGAAACCCGGGCUUUCCGAGCUUCAUCAUGCGGAGCUGAGUUUACAGAAUCGAAGCAUGGGUCAUAUGGAGAUUGUGUGCGACAUCUGCGCGAGUCUCAUCCCUGGCACGGAGGAACCAGUCGACAUGUCAUGUGACCACCAGUUCUGCCGGGGAUGCUGGGAGCGAUACCUGAAUGGUAAAAUACAGGAAGGCGAAAUUCACAAUAUCAUGUGUCCGGCGUUUGAUUGCGGCAAACUCGUGCCGGUCGAGCUGAUUGAGACGGUUGUGUCACGUGACAUGGCCAGGAGGUACCUACAGUUUGAUAUAAAGGCUUUUGUUGACAGUAACCCUAACAUCAAAUGGUGUCCGUAUCCCGCUUGUGGCCGGGCCGUCCGGCUGCCUGAGAAUGAGACAACAUCGCCGACUGGAAUAACGGGAAUGAGGAUGUCCGGUGACACAUCACAUGCGGUUGACUGUGGCAAUGGACAUUAUUUUUGUUGGGAAUGCCUUGGUGACGCCCAUGAACCAUGCAGUUGUGAACACUGGAACAAAUGGUUUGAGAAGAUACAGGAGGUCAAGCCAGAGGAAUUGACCAACACUGAAGAAGAGACGGAGCAUGCUGCCAACUACCUAUGGCUGGUGACCAACUCUAAACCAUGCCCCAACUGCAAGUCUCCAAUACAGAAGAAUGAGGGAUGUAACCACAUGAAGUGUUCUAAGUGCAAGCAUGAUUUCUGCUGGGUGUGCCUGGAGGCCUGGAAGAAACACAGCUCAGCUACGGGAGGAUAUUUCCGCUGCAAUCGCUACGAGGUGGUCAAGAGGAAUGAGGAGGACUCAUGUGAACUCAAGUCGGAGGCUGAGGCCAAGAACCGUCGGAUGCAGGAACUGAAUCGCUUCAUGCACUAUUAUUCAAGAUACAAGAAUCAUGAACACAGUUACAAGCUUGAAGAACCUCUACUGAGCACAGCCAAGGAGAAGAUGAUGAUACUCGCUAGAGCCGUCACGGACCCAGAGACGGCCAACACCGAGACCAAGUUUGUAGAAGAUGCCGUCAGACAAUUGCUGAAGGCGAGACGCGUAUUGAAAUGUUCGUACAUCUAUGGGUUCUACCUUGACGACUCCGGGUACAAGAAAACGAUAUUUGAAUUCAUGCAGACUGAACUUGAAGAGUGCUUGGAGAGUCUCUCACAAAUGAUCGCCCGGCCGUAUCUCCGGACCCCUCGUGGUCGCAUCAUACAGACGUCAAACCUGGUCCAGCGUAAACGCCACGAGUUCGUGACGGCCAUCAGUAAGGGGUUAAUCCCUCCGGAUACCUCGCCAAACUUUAGGAAGAAGAGGAGGAAGGACCUGGAUGAGGAUCUAAGGAAAGCCCUGCUGGCAUCGAUCCAGGAUAUUGACCCCAAUAACCCUUGGGUCAAGGACAAAUCAGGUCGACAUACCAACGUCGCUGCAUAUCUUGAUUGGCCUGUUGAUGAUAGCGAAGACGACUCCGACUCUGAACAGCUCGGGACGCCACCUGCCAGUGCCAUGGUUGGCGGUUGUGUGAGGCGAGGUUGCAUGAAACCGCGCGCCCAGAACCCGAGGACGGGCGCACCACAUGAUCACUGCAGUUUACGCUGUAUGAAACUCGAUCGCCUGGAUCGAUCGGAAAGCGAAGGCGACUCGGAUAAGAACUCGCCAUCUCAUCAGGGUACUGACGCAGACCCGGCCGAGUACUUCACAGAUUACCAGAUGGAUUUGCUUCGGGCAAUGGAGAUGUCGCGACUGCAGUUCAUCCGCGAGAUGGGUGGGAUCUCGGCUGCUCUACCGGGACAACUCCCAGCACCCGUUGACGAGCCCACUCCCCUGCCACCCACUCCCCCAACUGGGGCCAAGGACUUCCUGGAGGCUGGUCCCUCCAUGACCCCUGGUGGUAAGUCGCCGAAACAACGUCCCCGAUCUGUCGAGGAGCAGUUAGAGGAAAUGGAUACUGACUUUCAGCGGGCACUCAUACUCUCUCGGUUGUCAAUGAUAGCGGAACCGACCCCUGCGCCCCCUGAAGAGGACAAGGAACUUAAACUCGCCAUAGAACUAUCUCUCAAAGAGACACCAGAUGGGGAAACUGACCAAUCAAAACAAUCGGAUAUAUCAUGUGACUUACCUAAGGUGCCUACAGACGUGAUAGAAUCAUGCAACAAUGCUAAGAUCCGUGCGUCUGGUGUGAAAAGUUCAAAUAAAAACAAUGAGUGUGUAGUGGACCAAUCCCCUGACACGAAUUUGUGUAUACGUGCACCCCGCUUAGCCCGGACUCCCUCUCCAAUGUUCGAAGGAGAGAAAAGUGAUUAUUUAGGAGCCUGCGGUGGCGCCACUGGUGGCUAUGAACCAAAUCAAUCGCCAUCGCAGAAAUUACUAUCAAUGGAGCCUUCGGCCAUGUUGGAAACCUCGUUCGUACCAAGUGCCAUAGGAAGUUCACAGUUUGGACCAAUCAAGGACUUGUCCGUGGCGAAUAUCUCAUCAUCAGAUCGCGACAAAACGGAAGACUUCAAAAACAAAACAUUCAGUGAUAUAUUUGCUCGGAAUGAGAGGAACUCUGGCAAGUCUGUUAAUCUGACAUCUGAGAAUCAGAUACGGCGCUCCAAAGAGAAAGAGCCACGAUCGGUCUGCCCCGAGCAGAUAUCACUCAAGUUCGACAAUGUGGGUAAGAAAAACAAAAAUGAAGCGGUCACACUACGCCGUCAACGCAAAGAGGAGGACAAACACCAGAUGCUGUACAGGCGUCAUAGCACCAGCCAUGCCGAGGACCAGGGGAAAUCAAAUAUCGGUAGACAACGGUAUUCUGAUCUCAGCGAGGGAUCGCUACACUGCACGCCGCGCCGGACUCAGCAGACGAAAGGUCGUGAGUGGAAGUGUUACUCUUAUACCGGUUAUGAACCGGAUACGAGUGAUAUCUGGGUGCCGCGUGUCGAUUCGAACCGUAUGCCCCCGCCACCCCCUCCACCACCACCACAAGCCAAAGCUGCACACAAGGAAUCAAAUGUCGAAGCGAUGCUGAAGAAACUCAUUUUACCGCAGGAUGAUGAGAAUGAGGUGUUUUACGAUAUGUCGAAUAAAGAUGGCGCUACUAUCGUUGAGCAGUGGGAUCACUCACCGCAGCGUAGUCCUCGCACUCGUAGCCCGCGGCCACCGAGCAUGAGCAGGCGGCGAAGUCAUGACGACGAUGACGAUGACAGCGAUAACUUCCCUGGUGCUGUGUUUGUGUAAUGUUUGCCUUAUGCUGGCCGGGAUACUUGUACAAUUCAUAUAGGAAUAUAUAUCAACACCUUGGGUGCCUAGUGUUGUCGAUAUUAUAGGUUGUGAGGAAUUGAAAAAUCUGGUAUUUUGGAAAGCUUUUAAAAAAGCGCUUUUUUUCAUUGAAAAGUACAAGAAAAUCAACAGAGAGGUGUAAUCUGGCGUCAGUGAAUAUCCAAAAGCUAAGAUCUUGCCGAAUCUAUUUCAUAAAAUUUUUAGCGAUUAUUUCUUUUCGAAUCUCUAGGCACCAAUCCAAUAUGUUUGUGGACCACUGGCACCCAAAGGUGUUCACAAGUGCUUGGGAUAAAUUGGCAUGGGAUUCUGUAAACUGGCAAAUAUUUUUUACAAAAACUUCUGAAAAUGAUUAUUAUAUUCACAUUUUGUACUUUUGCAGGUAACGAAAUUUCCUUCGGUUUUCCCAAACAAAAAAAAGAAAAAUUUGCAAUUUUAUUUUUGCAAAUCUAGGUUAUUUGCGAAAUCUUAAAAAAAACAUGGCUUGUUGAAGUUAAGCCGCUUACAGUUUUCCAAGCAUUAUUCUCAUGCACUUAAUUGAUCUUAAAAUGUAUUAUCGACUCUCGAAAUCAUGUGAACAUUUUAAAAUGACCUGAUAUUGGGUAGUGCAAUUUUCAGAAAAAAGUGCCCAUGAAUCUUAGCUGUGUUACAUUGUAGUGUUAGUGUGUAAACGAAAUGAAAUAUUGUUGUCCUUGUUCAUUGCGUGUGGACAUUUUCUUGAAUUGAUUUAUUUUUUUCGUGCCGUGCUCUCUCAAGUAUUCCUGUUCGGCUCGGUUUAUGUAGGAUUCAUGUUGUAACGCUUCACUUGUCGACUGUCUCUAGGGCAAUUUACACGGGACCACACCAGAUCAGACCAGGUCUGAUCAGAUCACAAUGCUCACGACGUCAUGAAUGAUGUAAGUCUUGUAAUGACGUUUGUACAUUGAACCAGACCAGAUCACAUUCGUGCAUGUUUACACGGCAGACCCAUCCGUAUCGAUCUAGAUUGGUAUGGUCCCUUGUAAAUGGCCCUCCUGAUCACUGGCACGAGUUGUGGGGCUACAUGUAUAAGUGACAAAUGAACCACAUGUUGUCCACUCUUGGAAAUGACUUGUUUAUUCUUAAUGAUCAUCAUAAUAAUGAUAAUCUUGAGACUUAUAUAGCGCUAAAUCCAACUGGUUUCAGUCGCUCAAAGCGCUUCACAUUAUUACCCCCAGCUGUUGGCCUGGACAUUCGUGAUUCACGCUCCACUCUCUGGGAGUAUCACAAGUAUGUCGCGAAUGACAAAUAAACAAUGAAAUGUUACAUGUGAAAAUACGAACUCUUCAUAAACCCGGCCUCAGUCCUGUGGAUUUGAUGUUUAUGAAUAACUUGUGUAACUGUUAGUUUUGACCUCAAUGUUGAGCCUGUAGAAAGUCACAACAUGGGUUAUGAUACAACGAUAUUAAUUUUGAUCAAUAUGAACAUGAUGAAAGGGAAAGUACUAUCAUAAUAAUGAUAAUCUUGAGACUUAUAUAGCGCUAAAUCCAACUGGUUUCAGUCGCUCAAAGCGCUUCACAUUAUUACCCCCAGCUGUUGGCCUGGACAUUCGUGAUUCACGCUCCACUCUCUGGGAGUAUCACAAGUAUGUCGCGAAUGACAAAUAAACAAUGAAACGUUACAUGUGAAAAUACGAACACUUCAUAAACCCGGCCUCAGUCCUGUGGAUUUGAUGUUUAUGAAUAACUUGUGUAACUGUUAGUUUUGACCUCCAUGUUGAGCCUGUAGAAAGUCACAACACGGGUUAUGAUACAACGAUAUUAAUUUUGAUCAAUAUGAACAUGAUGAAAGGGAAAGUACUAUCAGAAUUGUGUUAUAGGGUUUUGAGAUAUUUCAGACUUUUGGGGCAGUUUCUGUGAACUGCAAUCAGCUACCAGCUAUGAGGGCGCUGACUGUCACUGGUGUGAAGUGAUGUGACAGCCAGCACCACCUAGCGUGAUGCCUCUACGCUAUUAGCGCUGUCCGUGAAAAAUGCAACUGUUACUCCGGGCAUUUGUGGUCAUGCAUAGAAUCAACGAAACUAACAGUGAUGUUACGCAACAUUUUUUUAGCUAAUCCUUGAGACCAGCACUUAACUAUAGCUGGAUGCUGGAUUAUGUAAUGCAUUGAGAAGGUAAUAUCUGGUUUUAUUGAAGAUAGAAGUUACUUAUAAAGUAUGUAAUUUUGCUGAAUUAGUUUUUAUAUGGCUCGAGUACAGAAGUAUUUUUCAACUUUGCAUCAGUUUUAAUUGUGUUUUCGACCAAAGUAUUGUCCAUGGUACAUCUUGUAAGCAUUGUUGGAUGUCGGUGUGAUUUGUGGUACUUCCUGAUUUGCAAACGUCAUCUCGGUCACCAAUUUUGUCUCUGGUUUGAGCCAUUAGGCUUUUUCUGUGGUGUGUUGCCUGCCAUCAGAUAUUUUGAAAUAACAUCUAACUCUACAUUUAGAAGUAGCACGAGGGCAAUGCUCUCUGCCUAGUUUUGUGAAGGGUGGGCCAUUUUGGCUAGUACUUAAAAUCCUAAAAUUAGAACUCCUUUAAAAUGAAUUGAUUGCCAGUUUCAAGGGCGAGAGUCUGUUCUUUGUUUUCCAGAGAGCAGCCUCCCAGGUUUUAAAUGGGCAUUCACUUCAUUUUGAAGCAGUUCUGAUUACUGUAGGGUUUCACAUUCUCGCCAAAAUGGUCAAUCCUUAAAAGACCUAAAAUAAGGGAACCUCGGGUGUCCUUUAUUUCCUUUUUUCAUGCUAAUUGUCUGACAAAGACAUGAUUGAUAUCACUGAUUUCCCAGAAAAGUUUUUAACUUUGAGGUCAAAGGAUACUGGCUUGAAUUCAGAAUUUCCCCUCAAAACACUGUAAGGGCAACUGGAAGGGACUGUCAGUUGUCUUCCUUUGUUGCAUCUGAUCAUAUUUUUGAGAACAUUAUAAAAAUUGUAUCAGUCAAUUGGCAGGCUCUGCAUUAUAUUAUAAUACUCAAGUGGGACUAUUUCUAGCCUCUUCAGAAUCUGAGGAGACUGACCGUUGGUAGUCAUGGUUACUGCAGAACAGAAAAUUUUGUGGCAUUGAACUAUUGGGAUAGACACAUUCGGGGAGGUUAUUUUUGUGAAUAGAAAAAAAUCACAUCGAUCAGCUUUUGCAAAAAUUUCCUGUUCUUCAGUACAUUACUUUGUUUCAUUUAAUAGUUGCUAUGGCAACUUCUAGAUUAUGUAUUAAUAGAUAUGUAUCGGUAUCUACUUGUAUUUAUUGUGUAGAGUAGAUUGUGAUUGAGUGUGUUCACAUGUUGCCAUGAAAACAUAGCCUGGUUGCUUAGCAACAGCAGUUUAAUGUAUCUGCUUGAAUUACAAUUACAAUUACACGGAUGCGAUGUUGAUGUUUUGAAAAUGGAUAAUGUUCCAAGUGCUUUAAGUAUGAGGGGUCAUUACAGACAGUGUAGGCGGGACAUUUAAAAAUACCAAAUGUGUCCGGUAACAGGUGGUCUUAAGCACAUCGGUUUUUUAGAAUGUUGCGCCUUACCGAUAGGUUGAUGACAGUUGUUACAGAUCCCAGAGACAGUUGUUCUUUGCAGUUGGGAAAAGUUCUUGUCAAAGCAGUAACACCUAAGGCUGAAGUUACAUAGACCUCAUUCCUUCAUUUCCCACGAGUCACUUUCCAGGUUUUUCUUUCAUUCCUCGGUGAAUGCACGCCACAAGCCCGUGCAUUCACCGAGGAAUGAAAGCAAAAGGGGGAAAAUGAAUCAUGGGAAAUGAACGAAUGAGGUCUAUGUAACUUCGGCCUAAAAGGUUUGCUAUAACGCUGAUUCUACAGCUGGUAUAAAUAGACUGCAUAUCAACAAUCCACACAUUUUAUUGCACUUUCAUUUUCCUUUGAAGUGAACGGGCACCUGACAUUUCCAACUUUUGUAGGACUUCUGUUCCUUUCUCCUCUAAAUGGGUUGAAUUUGACAGCAGAAAUUGAAAAAUGUAUCCCUCAGCUCCCUGAACAACUUUGAAUUUUUGAAGUCAAACCAAAAGUAUGCACUUUGUAAGCAUAUCUUUAUUUCAUAUUUGGUAUAUUUAUAAUGUCCCUUCAUGCAAACCACUACAUGUACUUUCCAUUAUGUUCAAAACAUGAUGCUAGCUGGAUGUUAUUUAUUUAUUUAUUUACUUAUCUGAGAUAGAUUCUAAUAUUUGGCAAAUGUAGCUCGUGCCCCUUGAAAAACGUAAUGGAAUGCUCCAUUUAUGUGCAUAUUUGGAAUGUCUCACUAUGGCUAGCAGGGGAUAUGCUAGUAAUGAAUUUGCUAGUAAUGCUGUUGUGUCCAAAAAAGUGUGGCUUGUCAAUCUCUUCUCUUAUCCUGUUUAGAUCUGUUUAAUAGUUGGGAAUCUCUCUGUAUAUGGGAACUUCAUUUCAUAUACAGCUGCAUUUCAAUUUUCCUGGAGCACCAGUGAUUACAAACGGCAUACUCCUUUAAACUAUGAAGCAUUGAUAAACUUUGGAACUAUAUCCUAGGUUACUUUUUUCAUUGUUGUGGAGAAGACUUAUGUCACAGUUUUUGAAGGGGUGCGAGAUCAACAUUGAUUGCUGGCUUAUGAGCACUUAAAAGAUAAAUAAUUUGAUGAAGGUGUAUUGUCGAAAUGAUGUCGCUUUUUGUGUCGCGUAAAUGACACUACUAAAAGUCAUUCAGGACGCGCCUCCUUUUGUUCACAGGUUUUUCAAACCUUUUUAAAAAUUUUUUGGGGGCACGCAAUAUUUGUUUUAUACUAAAUGUUUCUUACUUAUAUUGAGUGUGUUCAAAGAGGUACAAAUACAUUUCAAGUUGUAAUG